AUGACUGUUCCCGACUUGGCAAGAUUGGUCUAUAACCAGCUCACUCGUCAACUUGUCAAUCUGUCAAUCAGCGUAGACACGUGGUAUACCUUGUCUAAAUCCAUCCCUGUUAUUUCAUUUGAGCCAACUAUUGAACCCUGGAGUAUAAACAUCAGUCGCUGCAGACUAAACGGUAUGUCGGUGCAGCCUUUGGCAUAUCCCGCCUUCCUGGGCUUGGAAAGCCUCCAUGUCUUCAUCACCGGUGCCGCUGGUGGAAUCGGAAAACAAGCAGUGCGAGAAUUCUUAGAUCAGGGGUGCAAAGUGACAGCACUGGACAUCCAAGCCUUGGAGGUUUCUGAUAUACAAGGGGAGCCCUACUCCCGGCUACACGUCCUGAAAGGUGAUAUCACGGACGAAGAAUCCGUCCAAUCUAAUAUUGCGCAGGCCAGCAAACGAUUCGGGCCUAUCAACAUUUUGAUCGCAAAUGCAGGUAUCACAGAUGAAAGCAAAGACUACCCUAUCUGGGAAUUGCCAGUGGAGACCUGGGACCAGACAUACCUUGUCAAUGUCCGAGGAACAUUCCUGACAAUCAAGCAUUUCUUGCGAGCAGCACGUGCAUCUCAACAGACCCUUGGUAAAGAACUGGAUAACCUAGCUAUCGUAGUAACGGGAAGCGAAACGGGAACGUUUGGCCAGGAAGGCCAUGCCGAGUACGCAUCUGGGAAAUCUGCCUUGCAGUACGGCUUGAUCCGCAGUGUGAAGAAUGAAAUCGUUCGCCUCAAUAGCAAGGCCCGAAUCAAUGCUGUUGCGCCUGGAUGGGUAGAUACACCCUUGAUAGAAGGAAGGCUCGACGACCCGAAGGAGAUGUGGGCAGAAGCCCAGGCUACUGUACCUCUAAAGAAAAUCGCAAGGCCGGAGGACGUAGCCCGUACAAUGGCUUUCCUGGCCUCUCACCGCGCGGCGGGACACAUAUCAGGACAGUGCUUAAGUGUCGACGGAGGAAUGGAAGGUCGCCUGAUCUGGAAGGAGAACGAAGCCGUCAAAAAGACAGAGGACCAAGUCGCUCACCCCAAGUCGAGUAUAGUCCAAUCAAUUCCAAGGGUUGUAUCAAAGCCAAAGCGGAACAAAAUCCGGAUAGCCAUUUCCAUUGACCUAGACGCGGUAUCUGGAUGGCUAGGGACAGGUCAGCAUCCCGACAACAUCCUCGCAGACUACUCCUCCGGAUUCUUCGCCGCCAAAGUUGGCGUACCCCGUCUCCUACGGAUGCUCAAAAAGCUCGACCUAGCCGAUCGUUGCACCUGGUUCAUCCCGGGCCACUCCGCCGAGAGCUUCCCAGAGGAAGUGCAACAGGUAGUCGAGUCAGGCUGCGAGAUAGGACUUCACGGCUACGCCCACGAAGGAGCAUACCAACUGACAGUGGAGCAAGAACGGGACGUGCUAACGCGGUGUAUCGACAUUGCAACCAAACUAACAGGCAAGAAGCCCGUCGGAUACCGCGCACCUCUAUACCAACUGCGCGAGUCCACAUUAGACCUACUAGAAGAGUACGGAUUCGAAUACGACGCUUCCCUAACAGACCACGACUGCCACCCUUUCUUCGCCCCCAAACGUCCGCCGCUCCAACCCAUCAAUUUCUCCCUCCCCGCCUCGACCUGGAUGCACCCCAUCCCACCUACAACAGAAGACCGCCGGCCCCUCGUCUGCGUCCCCUGUAAUUGGUACAUGGAAGAUAUGACCCCCAUGCAGUACCUUCCUCAUACGCACAACUCACACGGCUAUACCGAUGUCCGCGUGGUCGAGAACCUCUGGCGGGAUCGGUUUUUGUGGAUUCGCGAGAAUGAGGACGAGCCUAUCUUUCCCGUCCUGAUGCACCCUGAUACCAGCGGGAUGGCGCAUGUCAUUGGGAUGUUGGAGCGGCUGUUGACAUGGUUGAAGGGGUGGGGGGAUGAAGUUGAGUUUUGUCAGACGGGAGAGAUUGCGAGCUGGUUUAAGAUAAAGGAGUUAGAGAGAAGUGGGAAUUCGUCAGUUGUAUAGGUAUAGAUACAUUAAUAAUUUUCUUUUCUGAAGUUUAGAACAUCUACGAUGAUUACCAUUUGGAAGCAUUGAUUGGAAUGUCAAUACCGUUUGUACAUUCAAUUUAACGUAUAGAAUAAAUUAUUUGAUUAAUACAUCCAGGUAAUUCAGCUGAAUCUAUUGUUAAGGCACAUCGUUUCAAUGCUGUGUACAAAGUGCAUAUAAUAUGUCCAAGAUAAGAAAUAUCGACAACAAACGCCAGUAUCCAUAUUCAGGCCAGAGGGAAAAAAUAAGUCAAGUUAUCAUCAUCAGUCAUCAUUCCAUGUCUUCAAAAGCAUACACCCCCUUUUUAUUAUUUGCUGAUAAUCCUUAUUUUUUCGGCUAAUUUACUCGUAGAGAUCCAUGUCACCACUGCCGUCUUCCAUCUCGGCUAUGGCUUCAUCUUCACUAUCGAGCAUAUCUUGAUCUUCGUCAACCGGGAUCUCAUGAUUCGGCAAGACGUCGAUACGACCAUCGCGCAUGAUAAC